AUGGACAAGACCCUUAGUGACCAUCUGCUGAACACCCUGGAGGAACUGGUGCCCUAUGACUUUGAGAAGUUCAAGUUCAAGCUGCAGAAUACCAAUUUGGAGAAGGAGCACUCCCGGAUCCCCCGGGGCCAUCUUCAGAUGGCCAGGCCAGUGAAGCUGGCCAACCUAUUGAUCAUCCAUUACGGGGAGAAACAUGCUGUACAACUGACCCUGAAGGUCCUGCGUGCCAUCAACCAGCGCCUCCUGGCAGAAGAGCUGCACAAGGCCACUGGCCAGGAAUAUCCAGCACAAGACAGUGGCACCGACACAUCCACAGGAUCUUCUCCUGGAGAAAAUAAGCUCAAGAGCCAGAAGGAACCAGAUGGCCCAGAAGGUGAUGGACAGCAGCAAAGUGGUGGGGGGGCAGCCAGCCUGCCGUCCAGCCAGCAUGAGGCAGGGAGGGGGCCUCAGAAGAAGUCUCAGAGCAAACGGAGGGAUCAGAAGGGCCCUGAGGUCCUGGACGUGCAGGGAAAACCUCUGGCCAGGAGCACAGGGCUGCCCUCCAAAAGAAGCCUGGCCCUUGCCCAGCUGCCAGGGGAAAAGGAGAUUAGGAAGAGUGCCCAGCUCCGCAGGAAUGCCAGCUCUGCAGGAAGACUCCAGGGUUUAUCCAGCGGGGCUCCAGGGAGGAAAGAAUCCAAGAAAUCUGAAGUAUAUUUACAUUCAGUGAAGCCGCGACCCAGAAGUUUUGAAUUUAUCAUUCCUUCAGAAGACAGAGAAUCCUCAAAUGCAGAAACUAUUCUGACUUCUCUUGAGAAAAUGAAAAAUGCAAAACCAGACUCAGCAGCCAGCCCCAGGGGAAGAGUCAUUCUGGAUGGAGAGGCUACUGUGGCUCUGGAGAAGGGCUCCACAAACCCAGAGCAUUCCACCCCAGGGAGGCCACAGGACAAGGCUGCAUUUCCCCUUUGCCACACACCAAAAGGAGAUCUGCUUGCUGGUACCUGUGUGCUGGAUUCCUGCARCUGUCCAGUUGCUUCAGGGGAGCCUAAGACCCCUAGAAGUCACUUGCCUAGCUGCCAGCAGUGCCAGGCCUCACUCAACAAGAACAGCUCUGGAGGCCUGAGCCCUGAGCCCCUGCCACAGUGCCAGCGCCACAUGAAGCAGGUGCAGCUGCUCUUCUGUGAGGAUCACAGGGAGCCCAUCUGCCUCAUCUGCAGGCUGAGUCAGGAGCACCAAGGUCACCGGGUACGCCCCAUUGAGGAGGCUGCCUUGGAAUACAGGGAGAAAAUUCAGAAGCAGCUGGAGCAUCUGAAGGAGCUGAGGAAAUCUGGAGAGGAGCAGAGAUCCCAGGGGGAUAAGAAGACAGAGAGCCUCCUGAAACAAACUGAAACCCAGAAGCAGAGGAUCCGGUGCCAAAUGAAGCAGCUGUGCCAGUUUCUGGAGUGGCAGGAGCAGCUAUUUGUGACCUGGACGGAGGAGCUGGGCCAGACCAUUGGCCAGGUCAGAGAGACCUUUGGCACUCGGGUAUCCCAGCACAUCUCCCGCCUCGAUGAGCUGAUUGGGGAGUUGGAAGCCAAGCAAAGCCAGUCAGAAUGGGAGAUCAUGCAAGACAUCGGAGUCACCUUGCACAGGGCCAAGAUGAUGACUGACCCUGAGCCAUGGGAUGCUCCUCCAGAAGUGAAAAAAAAGAUACAACUGCUCUAUCAGAAAGCAGAGUUUAUGGAGAGGAGCACACGGUACUUCACAGAAACACUGCGAUCAGAAAUGGAAAUGUUCAAUGUUACAGAACUGAUGGCUGCUCAGGCACAUGCUGGUAAUGUAAUCCUGGAUCCAGCAACUGCCCACCCCAACCUUGUCUUCUCUGAUGACAUGAAAAGUGUGAGACUUGGAAACAAAGAUGAGCGACAAUCUGACAGCCCAGAAAGAUUCGAUAACUGCAUCACCCUGGGUUCUCCCAGUUUCUUCUCUGGCUGCCAUUACUGGGAGGUGGAGGUUGGAGAUAAGACAGCAUGGAUCCUGGGAGUGUGCGAGGCAUCCGUGUGCAGGAAGGGAAGCAUGACUCUGUCACCAGAGAAUGGCUACUGGGUAGUGAUGAUGAAGCAAAAUGAGUACCUGGCCUCUACCUGUCCUCCAAYCCGUCUGCAACUGAGAAAGCCCCCCAGGCGUGUGGGCAUCUUCCUGGACUGGAAGAAGGGAGAUAUUUCUUUUUAUAAUGUAACAGCUAGAUCGCACAUCUACAUAUUUACUGGCUUCUCUUCCUCUGGACCCCUUCAACCUAUCUUCUGCCCUGGGAAACAUGAUGGAGGGAAGAACAUGGGUCCUCUGACUAUCUGCCCAGUGAGUGGCCAGGGGCCCCACUGA